CAGGAGGAACCCGCCGGAGACGAGCCCCGAGCCCCCCGCGCCGCAGCCCCCGCAGCCCGUGCGCCCCGCGCCCCGGCGCACCAUGGCCAAGGAAGGCGUGGAGAAGGCGGAGGAGACGGAGCAGAUGAUCGAGAAGGAGGCGACCAAGGAGCCGGCGGAGGGCGGCGGCGGCGACGGCUCGCACCGCCUCGGGGACGCCCAGGAGAUGCGCGCCGUGGUGCUGGCCGGCUUCGGGGGGCUCAACAAGCUGCGGCUCAGCAGGAGGGCCAUGCCCGAGCCGCAGGACUGCGAGCUCAAGAUCCGCGUCAAAGCCUGUGGUUUAAACUUCAUUGACUUGAUGGUUCGACAGGGGAACAUUGACAACCCUCCCAAGACGCCCCUGGUGCCGGGAUUUGAGUGUUCUGGGAUUGUCGAAGCUCUGGGAGACAGCGUGAAAGGAUACGAGAUUGGGGACCGUGUCAUGGCAUUUGUCAAUUACAAUGCCUGGGCAGAGGUGGUCUGCACACCAGUGGAGUUUGUCUACAAGAUCCCAGAUGACAUGAGCUUCUCCGAGGCUGCUGCAUUCCCCAUGAACUUCGUCACAGCCUACAUGAUGCUCUUUGAAGUUGCCAACCUCCGGGAAGGAAUGUCUGUGCUCGUGCAUUCGGCUGGUGGCGGCGUGGGCCAAGCUGUGGCUCAGUUGUGUUCCACUGUCCCCAACGUGACUAUCUUUGGAACAGCUUCUACUUUCAAGCAUGAAGCAAUCAAAGACUCCGUGACCCACCUCUUUGACAGAAAUGCAGAUUAUGUUCAAGAAGUAAAAAGAAUCUCUGCUGAAGGUGUGGACAUCGUUUUGGAUUGCCUCUGCGGGGACAACACCGGAAAAGGUCUCAGUCUUCUGAAACCCCUGGGAACCUACAUUUUAUAUGGCUCAUCCAACAUGGUAACUGGAGAGACCAAGAGCUUCUUUAGCUUUGCAAAAUCAUGGUGGCAGGUGGAGAAAGUGAACCCCAUCAAGCUGUACGAAGAGAACAAAGUCAUCGCGGGGUUUUCCCUUUUAAAUCUGCUCUUCAAACAGGGCCGGGCGGGCCUCAUUCGAGGAGUGGUGGACAAACUCCUAGGGCUCUACAACCAGAAGAAGAUCAAGCCGGUGGUGGACUCCCUGUGGGCUCUGGAGGAGGUGAAGGAGGCCAUGCAGCGGAUCCACGACCGAGGGAACAUCGGCAAGUUAAUUCUGGAUGUAGAAAAGACCCCAACUCCACUGAUGGCCAACGACAGCACAGAGACAAGCGAGGCAGGGGAAGAGGAGGAGGACCACGAGGGAGACAGCGAGAACAAGGAGCGGAUGCCCUUCAUCCAGUAAUCCAGGACCUGGUCAGGAGAAUGCCAAGGAUGGUUUGGAAGAAGAGGGCCUGGCUGAGAAAACUCUUCUGUGCCCCAGUGAACAAAUGCUAUAGUCCAGUGCGUGUCGUGUUUGUCUGCUGUCAGCUGAGCUAAAAAGCUGUUGAUCACUGUUGUUUUUUGAAAUUAAGUGCCAAUCCCAUUCCAUGCAGUAUUAUGUCCCGACCCCAUCUGUGUAUUACACUCUCCCUCUC